CCAAGUCAGGGGACUGAGUGAGCAGUCCUGCACGCUGCCACAAACCCGGCGGAGAUCGGAGGGGAAGGAGCGCACUGCCGGAGCUGCUGGGAGAGAGAGGGAGAGAGAGACAGAAACUGAACGUUGAGGACAGAGAGAGGGAGAGGGAGAGAGUGGACACGGAAAAGCGUGUUUCAGCGAAGAAACGCUCAGUUUGCAGGAGGAGAGCGGAGAGGCUGCACGUUCGUUCUCUCCCGAUCAGUUUUACGCACGCACGCACGCCGGAGCUGCCUCUUCCUGGAGAUCUUGUGUCAUCUUUUGCGCAAGAACGGGCCGUUACCGGGACAGUAUAAUAAGAAAGGAAAGUCGAUGGGAAAAUAUUUUUGAUCUUUAAUCGCAGGUGUUCUUUCCCAGUGAAUGCGUCACUUUCAGAGAGAGAGACAGAGACAGAGAGAGAGACAGAGAGAGAGACAGGGCAGAAGACUUUGGAAUAUUUCACCAAGCCGAAGGAGAAAGACGCGUGUUACUUUUUUCCAGGUUUUGUCAAACUUGACGCUCGUCGGCAGAUGUUUCUGAUGCUCCUUCCUGGUUUCUACCAGUGAUUUCUACUCUUGUUUGAAAUUUGUGAUUCUGUCUGCCAACUGCGUUGACCGGGUCUAUAUUCCCACGCGCGUUUUGACUGACGGCGCUGCAGACUGUGCGCACCGACAUGGAUUUCGCGGCUUUAAAGGUGUAUUUGUUGGACAAACUGCGCUGAUUUCAGAUCAGUUUGUGCUAAUUGUGCAAACCGUUUUCCACGAUAGAAGACGGAGUGUCCCGCACUGACACAGCCCGUGCGAACAUUGUAGUUUAAACAGCGUGGUAUUCCUGGAGAGCCCCGGCAUUUGUAGAGGAGUUUGGGCACCAGAGCUGCGCUUUUUGAGAGAGAUAGAAAAACCGGAGGAGAGGGGACUUUGAACUGCAGCUUCGUCUCAGAUAAACAGAAUAAAACCACAGAGGAGGAGGAGGUGAUUUUUCUCCACACCCGAGGGGAAAAGAUGGAUUUACUCACAUGGCUCUGUGGAUGUUUACUGGCUUUUCUUUUGCCUCCAGCAGUCAAAGCAGAAGAAGGAGCGACUGAGUCAUGCGGUGGCUACUUAGAUGCCAGUGAUGCCGGAUACAUCACCACACCUGGCUACCCGCUUGAGUACCCGCCUCACCAGAACUGCCGCUGGGUCAUCACAGCCCCUGAGCCUUCGCAACGCAUCGUCCUCAACUUCAACCCGCACUUUGAGAUCGAGAAACUGGACUGCAGGUAUGACUAUGUGGAGAUCCAUGAUGGAAACUCAGAGUCAGCUGACUUACUGGGGAAGCACUGCAGCAACAUCGCCCCUGCACCAAUCAUAUCCUCAGGCCCCUCGCUCCACAUCAAGUUCGUGUCAGACUACGCCCACCAAGGGGCGGGUUUCUCGCUGCGCUACGAAAUCUUCAAAACCGGCUCAGACUGUUCCCGUAACUUCACCAGUCCCUCGGGUCUCAUCGAAUCUCCGGGCUUCCCUGACAAAUACCCCCACAACCUGGAGUGCUCCUUCAUCAUCAUCGUCCCCCCCAGCAUGGAUGUCACCCUCAGCUUCCUCACCUUUGACCUGGAGAAUGAUCCCCUGCCGGGCGGAGAGGGGGACUGCAAGUACGACUGGCUGGAAGUGUGGGACGGGCUCCCGGGAGUGGGCCCCCUGAUCGGUCGUUACUGUGGGACCCGGGUGCCUCCUGAGAUCCAGUCGUCUACUGGGAUUCUCUCUCUGUCCUUCCACACCGACAUGGCUGUGGCUAAAGAUGGCUUCUCAGCUCGAUACAACAUGACACACAAGGAAGUCAGUGAGACUUUCCACUGUAGUAAUGCAUUUGGUAUGGAGUCAGGAAAGAUCACAGAUGACCAGAUCACAGCCUCAUCUACUUUUUACGAUAACCACUGGCUGCCACGACAGGCCCGACUCAAUUACAACGACAAUGGAUGGACGCCCAACGAAGACAGCAACAGGGAGUACAUACAGGUGGACCUCCAUACUUUGAAAGUGCUGACGGGCAUCGCCACACAGGGCGCCAUUUCAAAGGAAACUCAAAAUGCGUACCAUGUCACCACCUUCAAGCUUGAGGUCAGCACCAACGGAGAGGACUGGAUGGUCUACAGACACGGCAAGAAUCACAAGGUUUUCCAUGCCAAUACUGACGCCACAGAGGUGGUUCUCAACCGGAUCCCACAGCCGGUCCUGGCCCGCUUCGUACGAAUCAGGCCUCAGACGUGGAAGAACGGCAUCGCGCUGCGGUUCGAGCUUUACGGCUGUCAGAUUACAGAUGCUCCCUGCUCAGAACUGCAAGGUAUGUUGUCUGGGCUGCUCCCCGACUCCCAGAUCUCUGCAUCCUCCAUGAGGGACAUCCACGGCUCCAUGGGGGCAGCCAGGCUAGUGGCCAGUCGUUCAGGCUGGUUUCCCAACCCAACACAACCCAUAGCUGGAGAAGAGUGGCUACAGGUGGACCUCGGUGUGCCCAAGACGGUGCGCGGCAUUAUUACCCAGGGUGCAAGAGGGCUGGAGGGCAGCACGAGUGCUGAGAACAGAGCAUUUGUCAGGAAGUACAAACUGGCGCACAGCUUGACCGGCAAAGACUGGACCUACAUCACUGACAGCAAGACUGGGUUCGCUAAGAUUUUUGAAGGGAACAGCCACUACGACACUCCUGAGGUGCGGAGGUUCGAUGAGAUAGUGGCCCAGUACAUCAGAGUCUUUCCGGAGAGGUGGUCGCCUGCUGGGAUCGGCAUGAGGAUGGAGGUCCUCGGCUGUGACCUGCCCGAAACCACCACUGUACCCGACACAGUGACCCCAACUGUGCCCAGAGUGGAACAGACAACCACUGCGAUGAGACCUGCCACCACUCCAUCCCUGUCAGCCGUGUGCGACUUUGAGCAGAGCUUGUGCGGCUGGUCGGCUGAUCCCCAGUCAGGCGUGAGCUGGUCCCUGCACACGGCCAGCAGUUCGACUGGACACGGCACGCACGAAACGAGGCAGGAUCUGGCACUGGGCUCGGACAAUUUCUCAGGGAACUACCUCCACCUGGACGCAGGCGCCCACACCCAGCGCAAGCGAGCCCGGCUGCUGAGCCCUGAGGUGGGGCCGGAGCGAGGCCCGCUCUGCCUCCUCUUCUACUACCAGCUCCAGGGGGAGGCACAGGGCAGCCUGAGGGUCCUGCUGAGGGACAGUGACCAGGAGGAGACGCUGCUGUGGGCGCUUAAAGGAGACCAGGGGCCCCACUGGAGGGAGGGCCGCACCAUCCUGCCCCAAAGCCCCAGAGAGUAUCAGGUGGUGUUUGAAGGGUUUUUUGAUCACCCAACCAGAGGCCACAUCAGAAUAGAUAACAUCCACAUGAGCAACAGCAUGGAGCUGGAGCAGUGUACACAGCCUUUCCCUGCCUUAACUCCUGGCAUAACCAGGGGUGCCAUGUCUGGGAUGGAGCCCACAGUAGACACAGUGGUGGCGCAGCCUGUCCCUGCCUACUGGUACUAUGUGUUGGCGGGAGUCGGCGCAAUCUUGCUGCUGGUCACUGUAACUGUGGUGGUGAUACUGUGCUGUCAUCGGUACCACUGGGCACCCAAGAAGACCAGCGGUAGCCAUCAUCAUUCAGUGAUGUACCACAACAGCCAACAUCCAAAUCAGCAAGUUCACCUAAACUGCUACCAGAACCAAAACCUCAGCUAUAAUCUGAUCCACAGCCCCAACCAAAACCACCUGUACCCAGGUACCGGGCCGAGUCUUGAGCCCAUGCUCACCAUCAGACUGGAGAAAGAUGACAGCUAUGAUUCCCAGUGUUGAAACAUUUGGACAAUUUGAAUGAUACAAUUUUAUCAGAAUGCACUGUUCAAAUAAAGCGGUCAUGGGGUGUAAAAACUCCCUGAACUGAUCAACAGCAGUAAUCAGCAUAAUCACCAUUCUACACUGAAGAGAGUCUACACUGAGGGGAUACUACGGCACCAGUUCCUGUUGCAUAUGACUGAUCUAACCGACCGACCAGGAUGCACUAUUGCUAAACUUCUUUGUUUGCUUGAACUGGUAGAAUGAUGAGAGAAGUACAACUCCUGACUUUGAACUUUAUGAAUAUCCCUCACUUGGGAGAGCAGAUGAAAGCACCGUGAUUCUGAUGGCUGAUGAUGGCCUGAUAGCAGUGUCACAGUGCAACCCUUUUUUUUGAUGUUCUUAAGAGCAUAUAGGUUUUUUCAGCUGCACCGCAACCUGAAAAUGAGAUGGAAUAGAAGCAGAAUAACAACAAAAUCCCAGGUAGACUGACAAAUGUGGAUAAGAUGCAUGUACAUGCAGUGUACAGUGUCAGCGAUGUAACAGCUUAUUUUCCUCUUCUAUAAGGUCAGAGCAAGGUAUGUCUGUCUGCCCUGUUCUGGUCUGCAGCUCAGACACUUGCCUGCCUCCAAAUACCCUGUCUGACAGUGAAAGGAUUUACACACAGGUACAGGGAGAGGGAAGACACAAUGUAUGCUGCAUGAAAAGAGAGGGCUAUUUCUUUGGGACUGAAUGAAGCUGCAGUUUAUUUGUCCACUAGCCUUUGAGAGACUGGGAGUGACAGAGACAGAUUAAGAGCAGAAAGAGGAGAGGUAAAGGAAGAAUUAGUGCUGCCCGUCCAGCCGUGACUGACAGACAGCUACACAUCCACCGUGUGCUACUCCUUUGGUCCGUGAACGAGGAAUCAGUGUUGUGCUGUUCUCUGCCUGGUUUACACGAGGGAAAGAUAGGACAGGACGACUGACAUCGCAUCCUGCACAGCUAGAAACAAACAGUCCCACAUGCUACCCUGAGUGCAUUUUUCAUUACAUCCUGAUAUGCCUUUAAAAAAAAGUGCUUUAAAACUUUUACCUCUUCACCUCCAGAACUAGGUUGUGCCUCAGAGUCAAAUAAGAGAAUGAAUGGACUCUAUAGAGUUUGUUGCCUGGAUCUCAUGGAUAAUCCAAUGCCUGUGUCUGUUAACGUUCAAACUAAACCUGCAUACAUUAGACUGGGUGAAUGAAACAAAACCACAAUCAUAUGUAUUGAUCUGAAGGUGCAGGUAUGUUUUCCUUCUCGUCUGUGCAAGUAAAAAAAAAAAAUCUUAAAAUCAUUGUGAGCAUAGCUCAUUACAUUUUGUGUGUUAUCCUGGAUCACAAAUCCAGAAUCUUUGGCAUACUGGCCUGCUAACCUGAGAAAACCAAUCAUGCAGUUGGCUACCAAAAUCACCAGUUUUGCUUCUAUUCAACAGGUGAGACCAAACAUGCUGUGACACAGAGUAUCUUACUUUUUAGAAAAUUAUUGAUCUGAGCUCACUGCUCAGUACGUCUGAUCAUUUCGUCUUUCACCAUGGUCUGUGAGACUGAUUGCAGUGCAGCACUACUGUCAGACUACUCACAAAGUGUUUUUUUUUUUUUAAUUAAAUCACCUGUUCAAAUGUACAUAUGUUGGCAUCUAUCGCUGCGUAUUCCUCCAUGUUGACAGAGUACAGGAUGUUUGAGUGUAACAUGAUGCACUUCUAAUAAGUUGUGUUACACAUUGUUUUGCAAUGUUGAGAUUAACAUUAGCACUUUUCUUCUUAAUAUUCAUUUACUGAAGGUUGAUAAUUUCUUACAUUUACUGUGAAUCUUAAAAGAAAUUUGUUGAGUAAUGUACUGGUGGUGAAUUAAAUACCAGUUUUUUCUUUGUAAUCACAUGUUACAGUAGGCCUACAUGUGCUUCUGAUGUAUAAUAGUUAUACAGUGUUUAUUUUUAUACUUAUUGACUGUUGUUAUAAGGCAACAAUUAUGUUGAUUGUGUUCACUGAGAUGAUCUUAAGUUUUUUUGACUUUCAUUUGCUAUCAGAUCCUCCAGUUGAAGACAUUUUGCAACAGCAAAUGUGUGUCUCUCAUAAAAAGCACCCAGUUUAAAUCAGAUAGGGAUACAAAACUGAAGCAAUGCAAAGAUGUAAAAACAAAGAAUAUUCAUUUGCUUGGUUUUGUCCAGUAUCAGCUUCUAUUCUGUGAAACUGGGUGUACCUCUGUGGUUUUCUGUACUUCCCAGCAGCUCACCAACUUUCAUCGUGUGUUACCCCCCCAACAUCAUUUUGCUCAUGCCCAAAUCCUUCAGCCUUUUCUUUUCCUUUUUUCUUUUUCUUUUUUUUUUUUUUAUCAAAACCCACUUGUUCCUAUUCUACUCCUUCCCUUCAUCGCAAAUCCUCCCAGUAAAAAACACAGGAGAGAAAAUGAGAGGCAGAAAUGGAGGAGAGCAAAAUCUCUCUGAGGAGAAGGGCCCAUUAAGCGAGCCCCCUUUCCCUCCAAAGAAUGCGCCCAGAGAUGGAGUGAGAUGAAAGAAGUUUUUUUUUUUUUGUUUUUUUUUAAACUGCUCUCUACACUUUCUAAAGAUAGAUUUUUUUUCUUUACUCCAAGAGGAAGGCUAACGGGGAGGCAGGUUGGGGUUUGGAUUGAAGGAGGAGGGCAGCUUGUUUCAAACACAAAAGCAGAUGAAAGAAGUCUUUUGGCAGAAUAGACUGUGUGAUGGAGAUACACAUUAUAUCCACUGCACACAUACACUCACAUACACCAUCCAACAGACAUAACCUGUGUUAACGUCCACCAUGCAUUCAAGUUCAAUCAUUUUUUUCACUCAUUUUCCACACUGCAGAUAUUCUCCAUAUUGACUUAUUCCAUUAUAUUGUGUCUCAUAAAAUUCUUUUUUGUGCUUUAGUCAACAAGCAUUUCAGUUUUUUUGUGCUUGCAUAUCCAUUUACUGGCUCCCAAGCCCCACUCGCUUCCAUUUCAAUCGACUUAUGUAUGAUUUACACAUUAUAUGACUCAUUCUAGCAGCCCUGUGCUGUAACCCAAUCAAUGCGGGUCCAAAAUUCAAAUAGAGGAAUGAUAUAUGACUGUAUUUAUGUUGUGCUGCCCGUGCACUUUUCUCUUUCAUUCUCUCUCUCUCUCUCUAUCAAACUUUUUGCAAGAUUUGGGAAAUGUGCUGGCAUCUUCUCAUGCAGCGCUUUUAAAUCAACCGUCCCUCACUUCCCUCUCCCUUCUCCAUCAUAGACUACUUUGAAGCCCUUUAAUAUUUCUAAUUAGUUAAUGGAGCUUAUUGCAGUCAUAAAACCCUGCGGUAAGCAUUUCUAGCCUGCAGGCCGUCUCUAUUUUUCCUCUUUCCUCCUCCUCCUCUUCCUCUGUUUCCUUGAGAAAUAUUACGAGUGAAAGCACUCUAACAGGUCCUUGGGCCCCCACAGGAACAGCGUAUGGUGCCAAAGAGCCAUCCAUGUCUUUGCCUGAAUAAAAGAGCCCCCUUUUUUAUUCUUCUCUUUACUAAUUGGAGAGUGGAGAUAAAAUGGGGCUACAGGGAGUUUUAAUCUCCUUUCAGAUCUGCGUGAUGAUUCUUCUCAGGUUCCUUGCCUGAGGGCUUUAAAGCCAGGAUCAUUAGAAAGCGCUCAACAGUCGCCCAAAGAGAGUCCGAGCAUCCCUCUCUCUCUCUGUUUUUUAUCCUGCCUCUUUUGCUAUCUCUCCGUCAGUGAUUUAAUGUUGUUGCUGCAGUGAUUUUGUUUGACUGUGAGAAAGGAGAUUAUGAGCCUAGAGGGUCUGUUGUGAGACUGUACAUUUACACAGUCAGAGGACAGAAGACCAAUUAGAAGCCUUCAUGUACACGCCAUAAGUGUAGUCUUACAUGAAGAGCACCUCCAUAAAGUAUUCUAAAUUACAGUGCGACUACUGGGAUCAACCACAUUUAGCUUGCUGCCCAUUCUGUACAGUAACUUCAGAAUGUCUGCAUUUUUUCACAUUGAGCAACAUGACAGCAUUAUUUAUUCAGUAAAAUUGUUAAAACUACUGCCAACAUUGUUUAAAAACUUUGUCGUAAUCUGCAGGCCACUCUGGAGUUCUCCAAGCUUGCAUGCUUUGAGAUGUCUGUCUGUCUGUCUUUUCGAUGGUCUGUACUUCACUCCUUUGCCCUCAGCUUUGCUGAUGUGAAAUCCCAGAUCAGAUUUUAGGGGUAGUAGAGUUUUUGGAGAAAUCUACCUUUAUGACAUUUUUAUCAGAUGAAUCAAUUGCUAUUGUUCUUUGAUUUCGUGCUUCUUUUUUUUUUUUAAAUCAGAAAGAUUUUUCUUGAUGUAAAUCUGUUUAAAGCAGGAAAGACUGAUCAUUCUGAAAUGUGGCCUCAGUAAGGGAUGAAUGAAAAUGUAACUGAAUUAACAGAUUUUGAAUUAGUUUUCAUUCAAACUGUGACUAGUUCAGACUCACUCAAACUGAAUAACACCAGCCUUUAAGUGGGAAACUGCUUCAUGCAUUCAUCCCUGGCUUCAGCCACAUCACUGUUAUAUUUAAUCUUGUGCACUUUUUCUGCCUUUGUAAAGACCUGGACUUAAUGAUUGUCUGUUUGACUUGCGUUGGAUGUCACUACUUUGCACAUCAAGCAAAUUAAAUAUUGAACAACAGAGAAACAUGCAAACCUAAUAGAGGUAUCAAAAUUAUUAGAUUUCAAUUUAAAUAUAUUUUCAUCAACCAAACACUUGGGAUUAAAUCCACUCAUAUUAGCAGAGGAUUUGUUGGUUGCUGUAGUAUUUGAAUUGAAAUUGAGUCAGUUUCUUUUGUUUAGUCUCUAAUUAGUUUGGAGGUCAAUUUUGGCUCAAUUUUAAACAAUUAAAGAUUGAUUCAGUCAAGUUACUUCAUAUUUAAUCUGUGUGCCAAUAUUUUUAUUUCACAGAUAGCAGGUGUAAUUUAAAACUAUUAAUGUAUUAUAUUAUUUACAGACUGAAGAGUACUGGAAGUUUCUAAAGGCUGAUCAUAGAUGGUAUAAUAUGGAGACGCCACAUUAAAAAUGACCUCACCUAACUGAGGAAAUGAGGCUCUGUAUCAUUUUUCCAUAUCUACUAAAUUAGUUUUUCACCUCUUAUCGUUUGAAUAUCUAUUACGGUUUCACUUCAUAAUGUGUUUUUGGUUCCUUUGCCCCUGCAAUAAAUGGUUAUCAGCUGCCCAGAUAUUGCACUGUUUUUUUCUGGGAAUUGUAAUGGCAAUUUCCUUGAAUAAAGCUGAAUUGAAGCAGAAUUGAGCCUCCAAACCCUUCAAAGCCUUGCACUGCGGCCUGCCUCAGAAAUAUUAAGUGGUAUUUUAGCUUGUUGAAUUUCAUGGUCUUGGAAUAAAAAGAAAAUAUAUUGUGGGGAAUGUGAAGGUAAUAAAAGUGAUAUUUUUCUAUGAAA